CAGAUGCUUGCACAUAAGUGCACACAGACAAAUGCAACUCAUCUCCUGUCUCUCUUACUUGCACACAUUUGAUAUCACAUUCUGCACAGGAUGCUGAUUUGAGUGAGGAAAUGUGUUGCAGGUAUUAGUGAAGGACAUGUAAAGUCAGAGGAAGACACACAUUGCUAUCUGAAAUUAUUAUUUUCUGCGUUCUUCUUUCUGGAUCAAUAAAGAAGAGACUUGUGAUCAUAUCAGGAGCCACCUUACUUGAAGACUUUAGAGCCUGACCACAACCAAGUCAGGUCUUCUUCAAUUCUGAUUGUCUUUCAACAAGGAGAAAGACAACAAUUGGAUGCUAAAAUUGUCAACAUUGUCACAGGAACUUGAUAUUGGCUACACAUCUGACCACUGAGAAGGUGACUUCAUGGGGACUAGAUUUGAACAGUGUGGAGCUCAUAAGAACAGGUGGAUUUCUUCUCAAACUAAUGUUGAACCCUCACAAAGUCCAAGUGCAAAAUCAUACAGUCACAUCUAAAACAAAAAAUACUUUAAAGGUCAGCAUCACUGAAUAUACUACUAGGGUCAUGGUGUAAUUCCAGCAACUGCUCAAAAUGCCUGGCAAGAAAGACAAUAAAAAGGACACCAAGAAAAGUGGAAAACCGGAACCGGAAAAAAAGAAAGAGGAUGAAAAAAAAGCUAAGGAUGACAAAAAGGGAGGAAAAGAUGACAAAAAAGCUGGAAAGGAUGACAAGAAGGGUGGAAAAGAUGAUAAGAAAGGUGGUAAGAAGGGAAAAGAAGAGCCAUCCAAAGGAAAAGAUGAUGGUAAAAAAGGAAAAGACAAGGGGAAAGGUAAAAAAGUAGAGUCUGAGGAGGAAGAGGAGGAUCUGAGUGAUGAAGAAGAGGAUGAAGAGUUUAGUGAAGACGAGGAUGAGGAGGAUGAGGAGGAUGACAGAAGGAGAAAAGGUCGAGGCGGUAAAGGAGACAAAGACAAGAAACGUGGGAAAUCUAGAGACGACUACUCUGAUGAGGAUGAUGAAGACUAUGAUGAUGAGGAGGACGGCGAUGAAGAUGAAGUGGCGCACAGUAAAUCUAAAAAGAAAUCUAAGGAUGAUCGUCACCAGAAAGGAGGAAAAUCUGAUAUUGAUGCGAAAAAGAAAAAAGGCAAAAAAGAGGAAACAAAGGCUCCAGUUAAAGAACUCCCAAAGAAAGGUCUAAAGAACAUGUCAAAAAUGUUUAUGAAGUUUUCUGGCAUCAAAAGGCGCAAAAACAGCGUAAAGAAACUAAAAAGCACAUCACGAUUGUUUCUUGGUUUGGGAAGGAGGAAGAGCCGGCUUGCUAAGAAAAAACGACGAAAGUCUAUGAUGAAAAACACAUCUCGAUUCAUGAUGAGAUUUAAAACAAGUCAAAAGAAAAAGAAGGAAAAAGAAGCCAAAGAGAAGGCAGCAGCUAAUGGAGGGAAAAAACCCACAUACAUGUUACUUCGUCUUGGAGGUGGAAAUUCAAAUAAGAAAAAAGGCAGCUUCUUUAGAGGGCUAUUUAAAAAGCAAGAUGGCACCAGUGAUGACUUCAAGAACAGUAGUCUAUUGGUUGGUAAGGUUGCUGCUGCAACCAAUUGGCUUACCAAACGAUUUCUGUCAAAAAAAAUGCAGGAAAAUUCAGGUCAUUAUGGCUUAGGUGUUCGUAGAGGAAAUAACCGACAUUCUAGCUCCCGGCGGUUUGUGCAUGGUUACCACAACAAUGGUUAUGAGUUUGGGGAGGAAGAUAACGAUUAUGACCAGCAAUAUAUAGACACCCAGAGAGGUUACAGGUAUGAAGAUGGCUAUGGUGAUUAUGGAGUUGAGUCAGCACCAAGAAUUGGAAGAAAUUGUCAAUAUAGCUACUAUGAAAAUGAGACUGAAGGUGCAGACUAUCAAGACCUAGGGUACUAUGAGGAAGAUCAAUUUUAUGAUCCAAAUGGUGAAUAUUAUGAUGAUAGACUUUACAUUUACAAUGAACCUUAUUUCCCUGCCCAAGGGUAUUAUGACACUCAGGAACCAAAUUAUAGUGGGUACCAGCAACAGCAGGCAAUGUAUGGAGAUGAAGCCCUUGAUUAUUAUGCUCAAGGUCACAUAUAUGGAGGGGAGAUGGGAGGAUUUCUUGAACCUCAGCCUCCACUUUAUUAUGAUGAAAAUGGACAGGGAGCUUAUUAUGCACAUGGACAAACGGGUUACUCUGACAUUGAGCAGGCAGGUUAUUAUGGGGAUCCUUACACUCCAACUAUGGAAAUGCAAGUAGGAUUUCAACCAGAUUAUCAGCUUGGGUAUAGUGAGGCUGGGAUGCAUUACCAAGACUUGAACUCCCAACAGACAACAUUUCCACUUGGAGGCCAACCGGUGUAUGGUUUUGAAGUGCCAGGUGUAGAUAAUGUGGAAAGCCUGAGUGGGGACCAAUAUGCAUUUCAAAUGAAUCAAACUGAGGAGGACUUUGAUGGAAUUCACACAGGAGACAUUACAUUUAGAGUUCCUAGACCUCAAGUGCGACUGUUUGGAAAAGAGAGACUAGAAGUUCCUUUGCCUCCUCCACCUAUUCUGCCUCCAGAUCCAGAGUUUGAAGACAUGUCAGAUAUCCAGUAUGAAGACCAGAUUUCUCUUGCACCAUAUCAACUUGGAGAUAUGACAUCAUUUCAGCAGCAAAUGCCGGUAUUGGAACAACAACUACAACAAAUACAAUUAACACAACAGAUGAUGUCACCACAGCAGCAGAUAAUGUUUCAACAAGAGCAUAGUAUGUUACCUCAAAUGAUGCCUACACAGAUGUCACCACAACAGCAAAUGGCACCCCAGCAAAUUAUGUCUCCACAGCAGCAGAUGAUAUUUCAACAAGGGAAUGGUAUGUUACCUCAAACAAUGCCUACACACAUGUCACCACAACACCAGUUGAUGGCCCAGCAACCUAUGUCCCAACAGCAGCAGAUGAUGUCAGAGCAAUUGUUGCAACAACAACCCAUGUCUCUACAACCACAGCUGCAGAUGAUGACAGAUCCAAUGAUGAUACCACAGCCGCCGGGUUACAACCUCCCAACAGUCCCAACACCAACAGCAAUGAUAAUUAAACAAGCAAGCAUGUCUCCUCAACCUGCUCGUCGUAUGCAACCUUCGACUCCAUCCCGCCGCUCGGUCAUUAUUCCCUCCCCGCAAAUGCAGCGCCAUCCUUCUGCCGUGGGUUCACCACCACCCUCCCCUAUUGCUGCAAGAAGGCAGAUCCCCUCCCCACAACCUUCCAUUAGGGGUGGGUUCAUUAAUUCUCACAGACCUCCAUCUAUUUUGUCUAGGCAAAUAUCAUCUUCUGCUUCUCCAGUUCUACAUCAGGGAGUGCAGCCUCAUAGGUCACCUUCUCCUAUGGCCCACGUGCCCUCACCCUCCCAUUCUCCUCGUACAUCACUAAUUCGUGGUAGUCCGCCAACUUUGGAAAGAGGACCAGUGAGGCAGCGUUCUCCACCUUCAUCACCCCGCCUUUCCAUGGGGAGACAAAGUCCGCAGCCAUUAAUCUCUCCAACUCGAAGUCCAUUGGGAAGGACAAAGAUGCAAAAGCCACCUUCACCUUCUCUUUCCCCAGGUCUCACAUCGCCGCCUCUCUCUCCAAGAUUAAGUCGAAGGCCCUCUCCUACUCCUUCCCGCCAUAGUUUAUCUCCUAAAGGGCCUCAGCAAGCUCCAUCCUCACCUACACUUUCUCGUCGUUCCACUCGGCUGCUCAGGGACCCUACACCAUUGGCCAGGCCAAGGAGAUUAGGAAAUGUUCCAUUAGGUACUGUCAGGCCCUCACCCAUGGGCCUAAGAGGGCGACCAGUUCCACCACCAACUCAGAAUGUGCGUCCAUUUCGUGCCUCUUCAAUAAGAAGUAAUAGAUCUUCUGUUCUUACCAUAGACUCCUCCCUUCAUUCUUCUCCUUUCCAUUCUCCUCUGAUGGCCCACCGUGCUCCCCUGGGAAGAAGAGAAUCUAGACAUAUUCCUGUUCGCCCCAUUGCUCGAGGGCGUCCCCUUAGGGUGCAACAGUCAAUAAGAAGUAUGCCUCCUUCCUCCCCGCAGCCUUCCCUUAAACAUAUGUCACGCAGUCCAUCCCCACGCCUUUCUCCUCGGCUGAAUCAUCAGUCCAAUGUGUUGGAUUCUUAUGCUGGGCCUAAUGGUGAGCCAUUGCAACAAUUUUUUGCCCCGUCUUCUGACAGGUUAUCCUUGCAAAAUCACACAGUUAGAGAAGAAUCCAAUAUUUCUCCAAUUCAAAGACCUCAGUCUGUGUAUGCCCAAUCCGUACCUUCAUCUCCAUUGCUCUCUGGAGCCAUGAGACAUAAUCAAGCAAUGAGAGGCAUGGCCUCUUUUCAGACUCCACCAUUACAUUUACAGUAUGGACCAACUGUCCAUAUGCCAUAUGACUAUAUUUCUGAACCUGACACUGCACCAUUGCUUCAAGAUGCGCUGCAUAACCAACACUUUGUUGGUCCCUCCUCUCCCAUGUUAUCCAGUUCUUUACGGAGUAUUCGACCAGAUGCUUUUUCAGUACUUGGACCAGAAGCAGCUCAAGUCGUGGGCAUGGGUCAGAUGGUUCCAGGAUUAGUAGAUGCUCAUGAUUCUACACAGCAAAGACCAAUUUCACCUUAUGAACAGCCUUUGCUCCCUCCUUCACAAACUCUCUCUGGAGCUCUGCAAAACCAAACAGUGAGGGAAGCAUCCUACAUUUCUCCUCUUCGCAGACCUCCGUCUUCAUAUGCCCCAUCUUUACCCUCAUCUCCUUUGCUCUCUGGAGCCAUGAGACAUAGUCAGGCAAUGAGAGGCAUGGCUUCAUAUCAGACUUCACAUUUACAAUCCUUGUAUGGACCAACUAUUGGUACAACAUAUGAUUACAUUUCUGAGCCAAGACAAUCACCAUUGCUUCAAGAUGCACCGCAAAACCAAACUGGAUUGCAUAAUGUGUCUAAUCUAAAAUCGCCUAUGAUGCAACGUCGUAAUCCUUAUGCCCCAGCUGGGCCUCAGCUUCACAGUGCUCUUCAACAGAACCCGAAUCUCCGGCAAGCAUCCUUUCAGACACCUGUGCAACUUAGAAGAUCCUCAGUGGUUUCUAGGUCACCCUCUUCCCCUAUGUUGGGAAGAGCCCUGCAAAACCCUCAGUUGAUGCAGGCAUCAUACCGGCUACCAGAGAGAACCCUGAUGAGCCCUUAUACAAAUCCCAGGUCUUCUCCAUUGCUUGGUCAUGCAUUGCAAAACCACCAAGUCAGAAGUGCCUCAUAUAUAAUGCCUGAUGGAUCAGUUAUCAGGGACCCACGCCUACUUCAUAAGCCAAUGUCACCCAACCUUUCUGGAGCCCUUCAAAACCAGAAUCUGAGAACAGCUUCAUAUACUCUUCGAGAUGGCAGCAUCAUGGAUCCCAGACAGAAACACCCUAUUUCGCCAAACCUUAGUAAGGCCUUAAAUAACCCAGCCCUACGAGAAGCUUCUUACUCUCUUCCCGAUGGUACCAUUGUGAUAGACUCAAAAACACAGAAGACUCCCAACCUCACAGCAGCACUUCAGAACCCUUACCUCAAAGGUGCUUCGUACACCCUCCCGGAUGGCACUAUUAUCAUAGACCCACGGAAGCCUACCUCUCCCAACCUGUCUAAUGCUCUUCAACAAUCAUCUUUGCGGAAUGCUUCGUUCACAUUACCACAGGGGGUUCGAGACCCAAAUACUCCAGUAUCACCAAAUCUGGCAAAGGCUCUAGGUAAUCAAGCCUUGAAAGCUGCUUCAUACACCCUUCCAGAUGGAACUAUUAUUGUGGACCCAAGAAAGCCAAAGAGUCCAAAUCUGACAGCAGCCCUGCAAAAUCCAUAUCUUAAAGGCGUAUCCUAUGCCCUUCCUGAUGGAACCAUAAUCAUCGACCCAAGAAAACCAGUUGGACCUAAUCUGUCCACAGCUCUUCUGAAUCAGAACCUUCGUACUGCAACAUACCAGCUCCCUGAUGGUUCUUUAGUAUUGCCUGGUCAGAAACCAUCCACUCCAAACUUGGCAGCUGCUCUUAGGCAAAAUCAGGGACUCCGUUCUACUGGCCUUUACCAUCUCUCUGAUACCUCAGCUUUGUCUGCUGUACCCAAACCCAGAAGCCCCAAUGUUGCCUCUGCACUGCAGAAUGAAGAACUACGUGGUGCCACUUACAGGCUCCCAGAUGGCUCUCUUCUCACACGCCAGUUCCACAACCCAAAACUGUCUGAUGCCAUCCAAAACCAGCAGCUUCGUUAUGCUUCAUACACUGUGCCAACAGAACUUCAGGGGGAGGACCAUCGUUUUGCUGUAAUACCUCCAUACGGGCCACGAUCUGGCCACUGGGCCAGGAACGUUAGAGGUGGAGGUGAAAGUGGGGAUGAUGUUUGGGCGGCGGAAAGAGUUUUGCCACAUGGCACUCUUCAGAAUUUAUCAAAGUGGUCUAUGUACAAAGAAGAUGGGGUGUUGGAAGGAUAUACACCAAACCCUCAGGUUGUGGACAAACAACCUCAGAACCAAGAUUGGACUCCUAGCAGAGCCAGAGUACCAGGCCAAAGCUGGUAUGAUAAGAUCUAUUCUAUAAUAAGCAUGCCAACAACAGCCCACAGAGUGGUACGAUGGGCAGAGGGAAUGGAAGACAUGACUCAGCUCCCGGAACUGAAUGAAACCACAGUUGUGAUGAACCUGAAGAAACGCUUUGACCACGAACUUAUAUACACCUACAUAGGGAGCAUCCUUGUGUCUGUGAACCCCUACAAGUUGCUCAACAUCUACGGCACAGACAUGGUGCACCAGUAUGAAGGCCAUGGUCUGAGUGACAACCCCCCUCAUCUCUUUGCCAUUGCUAAUCUAUCAUAUACAACCAUGAUGGAUGCCAAAAAGGACCAGUGUAUUGUGAUCAGUGGAGAAAGUGGGUCAGGAAAGACUGAGGCCACUAAGUUAAUCUUGCGUUACCUGACAGCCAUACAUCACAAAAGAAAUGUCACACAACAGAUAGAGAUCCUUGAGGCUACACCCCUGCUGGAGUCUUUUGGGAAUGCCAAAACAGUCCGCAAUGACAACUCUUCACGCUUUGGCAAAUACACACAAAUCUACAUGGAUGAGGGCGUAAUCAGUGGUGCCAUAACGUCUCAGUACCUAUUGGAGAAGUCCCGCAUUGUCUUUCAGGCCAAAUCAGAGAGGAACUAUCAUAUAUUUUAUGAGAUGCUCGCAGGUCUUCCCCCUCAUGAAAAGCGCUCGCUAUAUCUGCAAGAGGCAGAGACGUAUUACUAUCUGAACCAGGGAGGAAACUGUACUAUAGAAGGUAAAGAUGACGGGGAGGACUUCAGACGUUUGCUGAGUGCCAUGGACAUCCUGUGCUUCACCCCAGAGGAGCUAAAUUGUAUCUACAGACUGCUCUCCUCUGUGCUUCAUUUGGGGAAUGUCUACUUCCAGCCACACCAGGUUGAAGGCCAGGAGGCUGUGUCGGUGGUGAGUGCACAGGAGAUCAGAGUGGUAGCUGAGCUGCUUCAGGUCUCACCGGAAGGUCUGCAGAAAGCUGUCACUUAUAAAAUGACUGAUACAGUGAGGGAAAAGAUCUACACUCCAUUGACAGUAGAUAGCGCUUUGGAUGCCAGAGAUGCUGUUGCCAAGAUCCUGUACACACUGCUGUUUAGUUGGCUGACAGAGCGCAUCAACAGACGGGUCUACCCUCGCAACGAAGCCCUCUCCAUCUCCAUACUGGACAUUUAUGGGUUUGAGGAGCUACAAGUGAACAGUUUUGAGCAGCUGUGCAUCAACUACGCAAAUGAAACAUUACAGUUCUUCUUUAACAGAGUCAUCUUCCAGGAGGAGCAGGAGGAAUACAUGCGGGAGCAAAUCCAGUGGCUGCAGCAGCCUUUCAGCAACAACCAGGCCUGUCUUGACCUUAUUGCUGCAAAGCCUCAUGGGAUCCUGCGCAUAUUGGAUGACCAGUGCGGAUUCCCCCAGGCAACAGACCACACCUUCCUUCAGAAGUGCCACUAUCACCAUGGAACCAACCCGCUGUAUGCCAGGCCCAAGAUGCCGCUGCCAGAAUUCACCCUAAAACACUAUGCAGGAAAGGUCACCUACCAGGUCCACAAAUUUUUGGAUAAAAACUUCGACUUGGUGCGGCAGGAUGUUUUAGACCUCUUCAUUCAAAGCAGGAACCGAAUGGUAUCGAGCUUUUUCUUGAAGCAUUCAGAGUCUUUGUCACAGCAGCACUCCAAUUUGCGUCGCAACAGCACGGCACGUCGUCAUCAGGCCAACACAGUCAGUGCAAAGUUCCAGAGUAGCCUACAGGACCUGCUGGACAAGAUGGGGAGGUGUAACCCUUUUUUUGUGCGAUGCAUCAAGCCGAACCAUCAAAAGAUGCCAGGAAUGUUUGACAUGAAUCUUGUCAACACACAGCUGCUUUAUUCUGGUAUUAUGGAGACCAUCCGUAUAAGGAAGGAGGGUUACCCUGCAAGGUUGACCUUUCACAGCUUCUUAUCAAGGUAUAAAGCUCUGCUCUGUCUGAAGGAUCCUAUGCCAGCAGAUGGAGAAAAUUGUGUUAUGAUGCUUCACAAACUCUGUCCAGUCAAGGAAGGCUCAUAUCAGGUGGGCGUCAGCAAGAUUUUCCUUAAAGAGGAGCUGUAUCAGCUGUUGGAAGGGAAGCGUGACCGUGUUUUGGACAUAGCUGCCAUGACGCUGCAGAGAUAUGCCCGCAUGUGUUUUGUUCGACAGAACUUUCUCAAAUUCAGGCGAAGUAUAACCUGCUUUGAAGCUCGCUGCAGAGGCUACCUGGCCAGAAAAAAGUUUGCUCUAAGGAGGAAAUAUCUCAUCAAACUACGUUCUACCAUCCUGCUAAUUGUCAACCGCCAGCGCUACAUGAGGACAGUGCUGGAGCCGGCAAGGAAGGCAGAGGAGGACCGGAUCAAUCGAGAAGUGGUGAAUGUGACAACAUUGCCUAUCCCUGCAGAGCUGGCUGGCCUGCUGCAGGCUGUUUCAGGGGGUAAAGAGUUGCAUACUGAUUGCUUGGCAGUUGUUCAAGCUCCAAAGGUCCAGGUGGACCCUCAGCUCACGCUUCCCCUUGAUAUCAAUGAAUACCUCAUAACACAUUACAUCCGGACCAUGUUCAGGGAGCCACUGUUUGGAAUGCUCACUGCUCCACUGGAGAAUUCCCUGAUUCGUCUAGAUCAGGAGCUCCUAAAAGGAUCUCUGAACGUUUUCAUUCUGAUUCUUCGUUUCAUGGGUGAUCCAAACCUGAAUGGAGCUCAAGAAAACAUGUUUGGGAAUUACAUCAUUCAAAGGGGACUGGCCAACCCCAGCCUCAGAGAUGAGAUUCUGGCUCAGAUAACCAACCAGGUGUGGAGAAAUCCUAACAUACUGAACUCAGAGCGGGGCUGGCUUCUUCUCUCAUCCUGUUUGUCUGCCUUCCUUCCCUCUCAAAGACUGGCUAAAUACCUCCUGAAGUUUGUGUCAGACUAUGGCCCAGAGGGCUUUGACUGUAUGUGUCAGAACCGACUGCUUCAGGCGAUGCAGCGUCUCAGUGUCGGGCCUGAGUAUGCCCGGACCUACCCACCCUGUCUGCUGGAGUGGACAGCAAAUCGCAAGAAAGCUCACACUGUUCUGCACAUACACUGCUUGGAUGGGUUGUCCUUCCUGUGUCCACUGCAUUCCUGGACCACAGGAGAGGAGAUUGCCAAAAACAUCUUACAACACAGGGGCGUGGUAGAUGGCCGCAGAGGCUGGUCUGUACUGCUGAAGGAGUCGGCUCAGUGGGUUGAACUUGAGGGCUCAGACUACGUUCUAGACUUGAUGUCAGACCUGGAGCUUCCUGCUGACUUCCCCAAACACAACAGCUACUUCAUCAUCUCUGCUCUGGAGCCAGCAAGAGUUCGGCCCAAUGCCAGCAUAAGCCUGCUGGGUGGUGGGUUUGAAAUAAGCAAUGACGUCAAUCCUUCAGCCGUAUCCGGCUCCGAUCACUUUAGCCAAGAUUUAGAGCCUCAGAGAGGGAUGGAUCGUUAUCUUGACAGCCUGUUUGACCCUGUACUGUCUGAUGGAGCUGGAGAAGUAGAAUCGGUUGUUGGACUGUCAGGCAGGAUGAAGGGGGCCGGGGGAAUUGGAGGGAAGUGGCAACAGCAGGGGCAAUCCUCCGGCCACCUGCCUCCUGGAGCUGUGAGAGUCCUUCCUGUAGGAGGUGUGAUGUUGCCUCCUGUUGCUGCUGUGGCACCUGUAACAACUGAAGACCAGCAGGCUGUUUUGGCCCAGCAGCAGCAGGCGAUUGUGAACCAGCAGGCCGUCAUCAUGGCGCAGCAGAUGACCAUGCAAGCCAUGGCCAUAGUGACUAGCCCCGUGUCGAGCCCCCCGACCUCCCCCAUCACCAGCCCUCCUAUGAGUCCUGUGCCCCAUCACCACCCGAGCUCAUAUGCGCUCUCCAGCCCAUACGCUGUCAUACCUCCAAGUCCAUAUGCAAACAUCCCCCCAAGCCCGUACGCUAACUUCACUCCGACCCCCUAUGCAGCAGCAGUGUUACCACCCAGCCCUUAUAACCCUUCUGCUCAGCGGGAUCAGACUCUAUCACAGGCAAACACUCAACCCCCUGCUGAUCCCCCUACUGAUCCUCAGCCCCAGCGGCAGCCUCAGGCUGCCCGCCGUGACCAUCAUCUGAGCUCCUCCAAAGCCGAGCCAACACAACCAACAUUUAAACCUGCUGCACAGACUCAGUCAGGCAUGGACAGUGUCUCUAGGAAAAAAGCUCCAGGCAUCCCCAUUAACAAGGAACCAGCCAGGAAAUUUGCCCCAGUGGUGACAUCUCCCCCACCCCCUGCUGGAGAAGUGGUGAAGUACUCUUCUAAAGCAGCAGAUCACAUCAUCCCCAGUCAAGAUAUUCAAGAAAUAAUCAGAAGAUAUAACUCCCCCUCACCACCAGUAGACCCACUACCAGUUGGAAAUCGACCAGAUGGGAAGUUCACAAAGAAGCAAACGCCUCGUGAUGAAGCUUUACAGAUCCUCAAACCCCAGAUGGACAAUCCUCCUCCUCCACAGCCCAAGCGUCCUGUUGGCCAGUCACAGUCUACGUCUGUGAUGAAACAAUCAGGAGUUAAUCCUACCAAAACCGCAAAGACAAGGGCUCCAGACCGUCGUCUGCCUAAACCUCCACCAGUAUCCCGAGAGCUUCCAGUAGAGAAAGAGACCAUCCAGACACAGCUUCAUCUGAGCACCAAUGAGGAGCAUUACACCUACACCAAUGUACCCUGGAGGCUGUAUCUCAGGAAGGAGGUGUUUUAUCCCAAAGACAGCUUCAACAAUCCACUGUUGCUAGAUCUCAUUUUCAAACAGAUAGUGAAUGACACCCUGUCAGAGGCAUGUGUUCGUAUCACCCGGGAUGAGAGACAGAAAAUGAAAGCCCUUUUUGCAAAACAUAGUAUUAAGCAGAAUAUGGAUCCAGUGGAGGAGCAUGUGAAGAAAACAAUUGUAACAGCGGCCAGAGAGACCUGGGAAAUUUACUUCUCCCGACUCUUUCCUGCCUCGGGUAGUGUAGGAACAGGUGUACAGGUGUUGUCCGUGUCGCACAGCGGUAUCAAAUUACUAAAGACAGUGAAAAGCAGCGCAGCAGCUCCAGACUACUUCAGAGUCCUUCGACCAUACACAUAUGCAGACAUCCUGUUCGUGACCAUCCCAUCUGAGAACAUGCUGGAGUUCAAUCUGACCAAUGAGAAGUUGAUCCUGUUCUCUGCCAAAGCCUUACAAGUCAAGCAUCUUAUUGACACCUUUAUCAAUGAAAUCAAAAAGGACUCCGAUUAUGUCAUUGCUGAGCGCAACUUUGUGACAGAUGACCGCUCAAUGCUUAGUUUUCAUAAAGGUGAUAUCAUCAGGUUGCAGGUCAUGGAUGGGCUUGAGAAAGGUUACAGUUACGGCUGUGUGGUGAGGAAGAAGGUUGUGUUUCUGGAAGAGCUUAAACGUGACACUCAAGACUUUGGUUGGAAGUUUGGAGCUGUGUUUGGCCGCUCUGGGACUUUCCCGACAGAGUGCGUCCACCCCGUUGCUCCUCCUGAUUUCCUAUCAUUGCCACUGGACCGGACGGCCGAGCCUCGAGGUGGAGCUGACCAGUUUGCUGCAUCAUCGGCCAUUGCUGUUGCUGUGGCAUCUACGAUGGCUGCCCAUGAGAUAGAUCAAACGAUUGAGAGAGUUUCACUUGAUAGGUUCUCUGAUGGAGAGCCUGAUGAGAGAGCACUGCAGGACAGUAAAUAUGAUAUGCUGGAGUUUGCCAAGAAGUUCUGCAGACAGGCACCGAGUGGACAGGGAGAUUCUCUAAAGAGUAAAAGCAAGAACAGAAAUUCCAGGGAGCCCACUGAAAUGAUCAAGUUCUCCAAGGCCCCUCUCACUGAGUCUCUGAUAGAGUUCACAGAUCUAGCUAUGAACCGAGUAGCAGCUGAUCUUUUCCUGUGCAUCAUGCGCUUCAUGGGUGAUUCUCCAUUGAGGGGUUCAACAGAGCAGGAAGUGGUCAGCACAUUCCUUAAACUCAUUAGAGAUUUUGCCUUGAUGAGGGAUGAAGCCUACUGCCAGCUCCUCAAACAGCUCACUUCUAACACCAGCUCCAAACCUGAUAGUUGCCAAAGAGGUUGGAGGCUGCUGUACAUUCUGACUGCCUACCAUCGAUGCUCUGAGGUCUUCAAGCCUUUCCUGCUAAAAUUCCUGCAGCAGGCUUCUCGCAGUGCAGGAGCACAGUAUCAAGGCAUAGCUAAAGCGUGUGAACAGAAUCUGAAGAAGACGUUUCUGUAUGGUGGCCGGAUUGUUCCACCCAACGGCAUGGAGAUAAAAGCUAUGAUGGCAGGACGCAGCUCUAAACGGCAGCUGUUUCUCUUUCCUGGAGGCAUUGAGCGCCAUGUGAAAAUAAAAACUUGUACUGUUGCAUUGGAGGUGAUAGAGGAGUUGUGCUAUGAGAUGGGGUUACACACACUAGAAGCCAUUGAAGAAUAUGCCAUAUUUUUGGUCACCAACAAAGGUCAAAAUGUGCGUCCUUUGAACAAGAAUGAGUACAUCCUGGAUGUAGCCACAGAGGCAGAGUCAAUCGACUCCGGCUACAGUCUCUGGUUCCGGCGAGUUGUCUGGACUCAGCCGCUGAGGUUUGAGAAUGAGCUCUGUGUCGCCAUGCAGUAUAACCAGAUCCUUCCAGACUACCGUAAAGGUCUGCUUAAUAUUCUCUCACAUGGAAAAGUGAGUGAUCAACAGUUUCACCAAAUCUCCAAGCUGGCUGCUUUGCAGCAUAGAGCCAAGGACAUCAUCUAUACCCCCAGCAUACACGAGCUAUCGGAGUACAUCGCCGCACCUCUCUUCAAAAAGCAACCUCCACAGCAGUGGGUUACCUUGGCAACGCAACAUAUGCAGCUAGUACAGCCUUUGAGUCCGCACCAGGCCAGGGCACAGUUUCUUGGUCUGGUAAGUGUCUUCCCCAUGUUUGGUUCCUCCUUCUUCUACAUCCACAGCAGCAGCUCCACCACCUUCUAUGCUCCUUGCAUUCUUGCUGUCAAUGCCAGGGGUCUCCACUUCCUGCACAAAAAUACACAUGAGCUGAUGGCAGUGGUCCCCCUUGUGGAAGUGCAGUCUAGCCGCACCCAAACGCCCACUGCUGGAACCAGUUAUCCAUACGUUGACCUUACUUUAGGGGACAUUAAUACACAGCGAGUCAUUCAGCUGCAACUGGAACAGGGCCUGGAGCUGUGUCGAAUUAUUGCCAUGCAGGUAGAAAACAUGAUGUCUGUGAGAGAAAAGAGGCUUACUCUGCCACCCAGUGAAAUCACCAUGCUGUGAUGUGUGCACAUGCUUCAUAUUAUACACAGAUGUUGCUGCACAUUUAAAUGAAACUACCUCCAUUUACUUUCGGGUAAUUAAAAAAUAAGAUAAUCAGGAUGUCGGUCCAGGUUUUUGUGGAUUAUUUCUUUGAGUUAAAGUGCACCUUUUUUCUUUGUAAAAAGAAAUUAUAGAUUAAUUUACAAGUGUGUUUUUAAAGGAUUUCAGCCUGUAGAUGUAGUAACUUUGGAAUAAUGUCUUCACAAUAGCAAAGUUUUAUAACUCA